AUGUCUUCGGAGUGUGAACAUUUGAUUCGCAGAAUGCUAGUUCUAGAUCCCCCUCGGCGAUACACAAUCGAACAAAUAAAAAAUCAUCGCUGGGUUUGUGGAGAGGCCCGAGAUGUUGGCGGCAUGAUACAAUCCAAUGCAAAUAUGGACGGAACGUCCAGCAUAGAACCAAAUGAGGACAUACUAAGGAUCAUGUCAGAAUUUGCUGGUAUUCCCCCAGAUAAGACUAAAACAAGUUUAAAAAAGAACAGCUAUGAUCACGUUGCAGCGAUAUAUUUGUUGCUUCAAGAUCGCGUUAAUAGUAAGAAAAAUUUUCAAGAAUACUCAAAACGCCUAACUGAUAAUACACUGCCAAGGGUUACAUCAAUUAAUCCCGUUGGAUAUCAUGGAUCUUCAAAGUUACUACAUAAAUCCAGACCUACAAUAGACAAACAACGAGUCAAGGAAACUUAUACUUCGCCUAAAGAAAAGACAAUAUCACCACUGCCAAGUUUAGAUGAGGUUAAAUUUGGUAGCUUUCCAACAAAGUUUUCGCAAAAAAUCCUUACCGAUUGUGAUAAUCCGGAAGUCCAAGAUAAGAGUAAGAACUUUAGUUCAACGACACUCAGAAGUUAUGAGCAUAAAGAAGCGCAAAUAAGCCAAUUAGUAAAAGGACGACCAGUGCCUACCAAGAUGUCUCGGUUAAGUGAGCACAAUAUAAGUUCAAGUCAGCAUCCGAUGGCACCGUCAUAUUGCACAGACAAUAAUUUAUCGAACGUAACUGAAUAUAGCCGUAAGGAGAGCGCAUCUUUAGACAAGUCUUCAAUUAGUUUGUUAGCUGUUACAAAUGCCACCUGCGAAAGUUCAUCCCAUCCGCUACAUCAGAAUCUCAGAGAAUGUAUAAUUAAACAAAGCACAGAGGAUUGCCGCCUGCUUUUACAACAACCGUAG